AUGGAGUGCGGCGACAACAACAACGACAACGACGACGGAUGCGACGACGGCAACGACAUCACGACGGCACGACAACGACUGAAAACUGGACCCGCAGCUGGAGCUGAAAAAGCUAUGGCCCACGAUAUGGCCCACCUACAUCAGGAAUUCGCUUCGAUUGUCGUCAGCAGAUUCGUCAAAAUAGCCAACUACCAGGACCUGUUGGGCAGCCAUCAUCAACUGCUCAUAGCCGCCACCGCCGCCGCAGCCGCUGCAGCAGCCGCCGAACCGCAACUGCAUUUGCAACACCUGUUGCCAGCAGCACCGACGACACCAGCAGCCAUUAGCCAUUAUCAGCAGACAGAGAGCCAGAAUCUAAACAACUCAAUCAAUUCGAUUAGCCCGAUCAAUCAGAUCAGCAACAAUAAUCCGAACAACAACAACCAGCAGGCGGUGUUUGAAAAAGCCAUCACCAUUUCGUCGAUUGCGAUAAAACGCAGGCCGACGCUGCCGCAGACGCCAGCAAGUGCCCCACAGGUGUUGUCGCCGUCGCCCAAGCGCCAGUGUGCCGCCGCCGUCUCCGUUUUGCCGGUGACCGUUCCCGUGCCCGUUCCGGUUUCCGUACCGCUGCCCGUUUCCGUGCCCGUGCCCGUCUCGGUCAAAGGUCAUCCGAUCUCGCACACGCACCAGAUCGCCCACACCCAUCAGAUCUCGCAUUCGCAUCCGAUCUCGCAUCCGCACCACCACCAGCUGAGCUUCGCCCAUCCCACACAGUUCGCCGCCGCCGUUGCCGCCCACCAUCAACAGCAACAACAGCAGCAAGCGCAACAGCAACAGCAGCAAGUGCAGCAGCAACAGGUUGCCUACGCAGUCGCCGCCUCACCACAGUUGCAGCAACAACAACAGCAGCAGCAACAGCGAUUGGCUCAGUUUAAUCAAGCGGCAGCAGCAGCUCUCUUAAAUCAACACUUGCAACAGCAACACCAGCAGCAGCAGCAACAGCAACAACAGGCCCAGCAGCAAUCUUUGGCCCACUACGGCGGCUAUCAGCUGCACAGAUACGCACCCCAGCAACAGCAGCCACAACAUAUCCUUUUGAGCACUGGCAGCAGCGGCAAACACAGCAGCAACAGCAGCAACAACAACACCAACAACACUAGCCCAGCAGCAACAUCAGCGGUUGUGCCGAUAGCAACAUCCGUUGCUGCUGUGCCCACCAGCGGCGGCAGCUUGCCGGACAGUCCCGCCCACGAAUCACAUUCGCACGAGUCCAACUCCGCGACCGCCUCCGCGCCUACAACGCCCUCGCCGGCAGGCAGCGUAACCAGCGCCGCCCCCACAGCAACAGCAACAGGAACCGCUGCAACAACAGCGGCAACUGGGACACCAGCAACAUCGGCCGUUAGCGACAGCAACAACAACCUGAACAACAGCAACAGCAGCCGGGACAGCAGCAGCAACAGCAACAGCAACGCCAUAAUGGAGAAUCAGAUGGCAUUGGCCCCGCUGGGACUUUCGCAGAGCAUGGACUCCGUGAACACGGCCAGCAAUGAGGAAGAGGUUCGCACACUUUUUGUCAGCGGUUUGCCCAUGGACGCCAAGCCGCGUGAACUCUAUUUGUUAUUCAGAGCCUAUGAGGGCUAUGAAGGAUCUCUUUUGAAAGUAACUAGCAAAAAUGGCAAAACAGCAUCGCCCGUUGGCUUUGUGACAUUCCAUACAAGAGCUGGAGCCGAGGCAGCUAAACAGGAUCUGCAGCAGGGUGUACGCUUCGAUCCCGAUAUGCCCCAAACAAUUCGCUUGGAAUUCGCCAAGAGUAACACGAAAGUGAGCAAACCCAAACCACAGCCCAAUACAGCGACAACAGCCUCACAUCCUGCAUUGAUGCACCCACUCACUGGACAUCUGGGUGGGCCCUUCUUUCCGGGCGGACCGGAGCUAUGGCAUCAUCCGUUAGCCUAUUCGGCCGCCGCUGCCGCUGAAUUGCCAGGAGCAGCUGCCCUGCAGCAUGCAACGCUAGUGCAUCCGGCCCUGCAUCCGCAGGUGCCAGUGCGCUCCUAUCUCUGACUAAAUACAGACAAAGUAAUGGAGCAGCCUAUGCAUCAAACUCAAAUGACCAUGCCGCCACAUCAUCAGACAACUGCUAUUCAUCCCGGAGCUGCGAUGGCUCACAUGGCUGCGGCUGCGGCAGCUGCAGCGGCUGGAGGAGGUGGUGGAGCGGCCACCGCUGCUGCUGCACCGCAAAGUGCUGCUGCGACGGCGGCUGCAACUGCCGCAGCGGCUGCUGCUGCCUCACAUCAUCAUUAUCUGUCAAGUCCGGCGCUGGCCAGCCCUGCUGGAUCCACGAACAACGCCAGCCACCCGGCCAAUCCACAGAUCGCAGCCAAUGCGCCCUGCUCCACGCUGUUCGUGGCCAAUCUGGGCCAAUUUGUGUCCGAGCACGAGCUGAAGGAGGUGUUCUCUAGUAUGCCUGGCUUUUGUCGCCUACGAAUGCACACAAAAGCCAUGGCAACAGCAACUGGCUCAAGCUGCUCCACCAGUAACACCAACAGCAGCAACCAUAACAACAACAACAGCAACAUCGCUGCGGUGCAGCAACAUCCGGUGGCAUUCAUCGAGUUCAAGGACCCACCGACCGCAUCUCAGGCCAUGCAGCAGCUGCAGGGUAAAUAUCUGCUCAGCUCGGAUCGCGGUUCCAUUCGCAUCGAGUUUGCACGCAGCAAAAUGAUCAACGAGAUGACCAUAAUGAACACCAAGGCACCGCCACCACCACCAGCACAAAGUGCUGCUACUGCUGUUGUUGCUGCUUCAGCAGCACCGCCACCACCACCACCAUCCAUGUACAUCCUGAACGGCGGCGUCGGUGGGGUCGAGCAUUUGCUUGUCCCAGCACCACCACCGCCACACGCACAGCAUCAGCAACAGCAACUUCAGAUGCAGCAACUGCAACAGCAAUUGCAACUGCAGCAGCAGCAGCAGCAACAACAACAUCAACAGCAAUUGCAUCAGCAACAGCAACAACUUCAGCUAACAGUGGCAGCACCAACAUGCACCACAGCAAGCACCACCACCCACAGCAGCACCAAUAGCGUUGUUGUUAACUCACUACAGCACCACCAACUUCAUCAUCCAAAUCAGCACCACCAAAAUCAUCUCUUUAGAGACAGGAGCGGGUAUGGAAUCACGGCAUGAUUUGCUCGCUAAGAAGCUAGAGCGGGAGAUGCAGCAACAGCAGACGCAAGUGCACCACCAGACCCAGCAGCAACAGCAGCAGCCGCACCACCAUACAGCCGCGCAGCACUACCACCACA